AUGGUACCGAAUGAUACCAGCCGAUACAUUCUUGAUCAAUUAUCCCAACACCCUCAAUGUACCGUGGAGGAAACGCUUCACUCAAUCAAGAAUGACUGGUUUGCUUUGGGCCGAAAGUUAACUCGGGAGAACCCAAUCUCGCCAGAGGUCGAGGCUGCGCUUCUUGAGCGUGAUAAUCGCCGAUGCUGCAUUACGGGACUGGAUACCAACCUGAAAUAUACAUACAUCAUUCCUCCGUCAAUCGCGAGCGAUAGCGAUUUGCAAAAAGGAGUAAGCGUACCUACGAUCUUUACCUAG